ACCUGAGGGAAGGUGGGGGAAAACCGCUAUUCUGUUAUACUUAACUUCGGGACGUUUGCUUUCCUUUUCGCCAUGAGCCGAAGCUAUAACGAUGAAUUGCAAUAUUUGGAGAAACUGGAUAAGAACUCCUGGCGCAUCAAGAAAGGAUUUGUGCCCAACAUGAACGUGGAGGGUGUAUUUUAUGUAAAUGAGCCUUUGGAGAAGUUGAUGUUUGAAGAACUAAGAAAUGCAUGCCGAGGUGGAGGUGCUGGUGGCUUUCUUCCAGCCAUGAAACAAAUUGGAAAUGUAGCUGCAUUGCCUGGUAUUGUUCAUCGAUCUAUUGGACUUCCUGAUGUCCAUUCAGGAUAUGGCUUCGCUAUUGGCAAUAUGGCAGCCUUUGAUAUGAGUGAUCCAGAAGCAGUAGUUUCCCCAGGAGGUGUAGGGUUUGACAUUAACUGUGGUGUUCGAUUACUGCGGACCAACCUUGAUGAAUGUGAUGUCCAGCCAGUGAAGGAGCAGCUUGCACAAUCCAUGUUUGACCACAUUCCUGUAGGAGUGGGAUCCAAGGGUGUCAUCCCCAUGAAUGCCAGGGACUUGGAGGAAGCUUUAGAGAUGGGGGUAGACUGGUCCUUACGAGAAGGCUAUGCCUGGGCGGAGGAUAAAGAGCAUUGUGAAGAAUAUGGGAGGAUGUUGCAGGCAGAUCCAAAUAAAGUGUCGGCAAGAGCUAAGAAAAGGGGUUUACCUCAGCUGGGGACUUUGGGAGCAGGAAACCACUAUGCUGAGAUACAGGUUGUGGAUGACAUUUAUAAUGAAUAUGCUGCCCGAAAGAUGGGUAUAGACCAUAAGGGACAAAUAUGUGUGAUGAUCCACAGUGGGAGCAGAGGCCUUGGCCACCAAGUAGCUACAGAUGCCUUAGUAGCUAUGGAAAAAGCAAUGAAACGGGACAAGAUCAUAGUGAAUGACCGCCAGUUGGCAUGUGCCAGGAUAGAUUCUCAGGAGGGCCAAGAUUAUUUGAAAGGGAUGGCAGCAGCUGGAAAUUACGCAUGGGUCAAUCGUUCCUCCAUGACUUUUCUUACUAGACAGGCAUUUGCUAAAGUCUUCAACACCACCCCUGAUGAUCUGGACAUGCAUGUAAUAUACGAUGUGUCUCACAACAUUGCAAAAGUAGAACAGCAUGUGGUAGAUGGAAAAGAACGGACCCUGUUGGUGCAUAGGAAAGGAUCAACCAGAGCAUUCCCUCCUCACCACCCUCUUAUAGCUGUUGAUUACCAACUGACCGGCCAGCCAGUGUUGAUCGGUGGAACAAUGGGAACUUGCAGUUACGUCCUUACUGGUACUGAACAAGGCAUGACCGAAACCUUUGGAACCACUUGCCAUGGAGCAGGCCGUGCAUUGUCCCGUGCCAAAUCGCGACGUAACUUGGAUUUCCAGGAUGUGUUGGACAAGUUGGCAGAUAUGGGAAUUGCGAUCCGUGUUGCAUCUCCCAAACUAGUCAUGGAAGAAGCGCCUGAAUCUUAUAAGAAUGUGACAGAUGUGGUUAACACCUGCCAUGCAGCUGGCAUAAGCAAGAAAGCGAUUAAACUGAGGCCCAUUGCAGUAAUCAAAGGGUAAAGAUGCCAUUCACAGAAUCUGACAGAACCUCUUCUUACUCACACUACUCGGUAAUUAUAUUUCCAUCCAGAUGGAAACUGACAACCUGUUAGAACUUUUGGACUUAAAAAAUAUGAUACAAGAAAAGAUAAACCAAGAUGUGUUGCUCUUUUGAUCCAGUGGCAAGUUGUCUGUUGCUGACUGAGUUUCUUUACGGGGGAAAAUGUGAAACAGUUAUCUGAUUCUAAUAAAUGGUUUGUUCUGCCUA